AUGGAUGUCAUCACCAGUUUAGACUUCCCCACACUUCACCAAGCUCACAGUCCGACUUCAGACAUUGAUACCAAUCGAGUGUUGCGCAACUACCCCGGAUUUAGCUUCGAGGCGAGCUCACAGAACUCGGAAAAUGCUUUCCUCAAUUUGCACCACUAUAGCGUCAAAUUGCUCGGCCGAUCAUUCCCCGAAGUCAGGUCUGGCGACAGUGCGCCAAGCAGUCCGGUCAGGCUGGACCGGCUGUCGACCGGCUAG